AAUGCUGACAGUGCAAUACAACUGUGAGGGCCAAGGUUGUAGCAAAACAAAACCGGAUAUGUGUUCUGCCCCACAAUUCGUGACGUAUUCUACAAAGUACACUCAUUGAUGCAAGAGCGGUGAAAUUAAAUACCAAAGAUCCAUCUUUCAAUCAAAAUGUUUGAAAUUCCAGAUGAUGAUGAUAACUUUUGGGAGGACCUACCACUGGAUGAUAUUACAGACAGGAGAACUGCUGCAAAGGAUGGGAAUGCUAGUGGCUGUAUGAAAAGAUUAUCCUCUGAGUCUGAUCAUCAAUCAUCUAACAAAAGGUUAAGACCAGGUCUCAUUCGAUCACCAGAUGAUAAGGACUUUCAGAGAGGGGCUUACAGGCAUGCAAGCACAAUUCUUCAAGAGAAACAGAUACAGAAUACAAACUGUCAACAGGAAAUAAGACAAGAUUCCAGGACAAGUGAAACAGACCAAACACAGGCUAGAGUACCAGCAGUAUCCCAACACAUUGUAGUAACAGAGAACCAGGAACCAGCAAGUCAUUUUACAAGACAGAGUAAAACUAGGCAGCAUGAAGAAGGCCAUCUAAAGACUCCUGUCAGAAUAAUGAGGAAAUUCCCAGGUCCUGCUGGACUGUUGCCAAGGAUUAGUCCAGGAAGCAUUAAAGACAACCAACAGUUACAAAAGCAGACAGUGUCAACAAGCCCAGAAAUCUUGAAUCAACAGGAUGAAUCAGUUAUCUUGAGUUCACAGUCAGGAGAGGAGGUAUUUAAUGAGGUGGCCUGGCAGACCUUACUUAAUGAUCUGGGAGAGGAUGGCAGAAAACAAAUGGUCAAAUUCUCUAUAGCUACCAGCUUUCAAAAAGCGAGAAAGAAACUACUACCUAAAGGAAAGGUACCCCUAGUGAUAGCUGUUAUAGAGGGUGUGGACUGGCAGGGGUCUGAUGCUAGUAUUUGUUUAAAAGAUAAAUCUGGAAAGAUUCAUGGCACAGUUCAUCAGAGUUUGAUGAAAGAACAUCAGUGCGACCUUCAACCUGGAAAUGUUGUUGUACUCAGACAGGUCAGCAUGAUAAGUCCAACAACCAGAAACCACUAUCUGAAUGUGACUCCAGCCAAUGUUGUUGUUAUUUAUAGUAACACAUCAAAUGGACUGAAAACCAUAAGAAAUAUAGAGAAAAAUACAUCCUUAAAUUCAGUACUUCAACAAGUUGAACCCUAUAUCAGUGAAGAUGGUAAUGUCCGAAGGAGAUCUGGAAUAAACAUGCCCAAAACUCCAUCAUCUUCAACUGUUCAAGGAAAUAUGUCUACACCUGGUUCUGUGCCAAACAAUAGUAGACAAAGAAAUUUAUCUACACCUGGUUCCGCGCCUAACAAUCCUAGACAAGGAAAUAUGUCUACACCUGGUUCCUUCCCUAACAAUCAUAGACAAGGAAAUAUAUCGACACCUGGUUCCGCGCCUAACAAUUAUGGACAAGGAAAUAUAUCUACACCUGGUUCCGUGCCUAACGAUCAAAGACAAGGAAAUAUGUCUACACCUGGUUCCAUGCCUAACAAUCAUAGACAAGGAAAUAUGUCUACACCUGGUUCCGUGCCGAUCAAUCAUAGACAAGGAAAUAUGUCUACACCUGGUUCCCUGCCAAACAAUCAUACACCAGGUUCUAUUUCAAACAAGUUUGGACAAGGAAAUAUGUCUACACCAGGGUCUAUUUCAAACAAUUCUAGAAAUAUCUCGAAUAGCACUAACUUUAUAAGAUCAGACCAGACAGGAAGCAGUAUGUGUGUGACAACUCCCCAAAUAACUAAUUAUCCUACUGUACAUACUCCAACAAAUCAACAGAAUUCUUCUAAUCAGACACCUCAGAGGCCGCAAAGUUCCAACAAGUUUAAAUUUGUGAAAACACCAAAUAUAUUGAACACUGGUUGCAAUUCAGUACAGAGUGCUGGAAGUCACACAGCUCCAAAUAACACAGGAAGUCGAACAAAUUUAAGCAAUAGCCAAUUAUUGCCAAAUCUGACUGUGUCAAAUAAUGUGAAUCAAACUUCAUCUGUUUACAGUAGGGUUCCCAAUACACCAGUUACUAUAAAUGAAAAUAAACAAAACUUCAAUCAAGCUUCAUCUUCAAUAAGUUUGACACAAGAUGAGAGAAAAAUGAGUGAGAAGCCUUACUUCAGUAGAAAUCUGUGUUCAACAGACUUUAAUUCUAACAAGAUUGAGGAUGAUAAUACCUCUCUUGGGGUGAGAAAUACAAUUUCAAGCAAUAAUUUACAAAGAAGUGUUCCCAAUGUACCUAGUAAAUCAGGUAAUAGUGAAAGGCAGGCAUCAAAUAGGGAAACUACAGAAUGUAGCGCUAGUUCAUCAGUAAAAAAUAGUUUCAGGUUUAAAUCAUCAAAUCGGACGAAAGUGACAGCUGGUGUUUGUAAAAAUAAAGACAUUAAUAUUACAGCAGUGUCUACUGCUUCUACUACCAAGAAUGUAUUAAAACAUGUGAGAGAUCCUCCUAGACCAUGCUUUGAAGUUGAUUCCUUAUGGCAAGAUGAUUUAAGUGAUGAUCUUUUGUCCCAGCUGUCAGAUGAAAUGAUGUAGAAAAAGAGACAUUCAUAAUUUGAUUUCUAGUCAGGAACAGUAACAUUGAAAGAAAAAUAGUGCUUCCAAGAAAAUGCUGAUUCAUGAAAAUAUAAAUCUACUGCUGUUUAAAAAAGUUGUGUUAAAGGGCACUAAAAUAUGUAAUCAUGAAUGCAAAAAAGAUUCAUAUUACUUUCUUUGGAACAUUUGAAACUAUUAAAAUUAUAAAUCUUUUGUUAAAAGAUGAAAUAUGUGUUUCAAAUGUGAUCAAAUAAAAUAAAAAUUUCAAUAAUAAUGUAAAUUCAA